AUGCCUGCGCGUGGCCCUUCAUCUCCGAGCUCGCAACCCGCCAAGCGACAGCGACAGAACUCUGUUGACGAUGGUUCGCCGCGCAACGGUCAGCCGAGCCCCCAGGACCGUGACCGUGAGCGCCUUCAGACAGAUGGCGCCUCAGCCGCAUCAACCACUGCGUCUCCCACGGUAACAGCCAAGGCAGGCCAGAGCAGUAACUUUCGCAAUGUCAGCGCCUGCAACCGUUGUCGCCUACGCAAGAACCGCUGCGACCAGAAGCUCCCCAGUUGCGCCAGUUGCGCCAAGGCAGGAGUUGCUUGUGUUGGCUACGAUCCCAUUACAAAGAAGGAAAUCCCACGCAGUUAUGUUUUCUACCUUGAGACCCGAGUCGAGCAGCUCGAGAACCUACUCAACGCCAAUAACAUUGCCUUUCCUCCAGCCGAAAAUCUAGAAUUAUGCUCUCGAAUAGGUACCGACACAGCCAGCAUCAAUUCAGCUACCGAAACAGGCUACUCAGGUCCAUCAGAAACCGGCGAUCGCGGCUUAAGCAGACCGCAAAGUCAAGCGGUCGAAUCGCUGAAGAAAAAGCCGGGUCAGGCGGGCUUCCUCAACAUCGUGAGCCCCUCGAAACCUCGCUCUUUAGCGUCUGCAUCUGGUGUCUCGUUUGCUCGAGUCGUAUAUGCAGCAGUUCAAUACUCAGCCGCUGGACAACCUAACCAGAACAAUUCAAGAUCUACCCAUCAACCAAGCGGUAACGGGGCUUCGCUACGUGAUUCGUUCUUUGGUCUUCACACCAGACCCUCUAUCAAACCUGCGACUUUUCCAACUAAGGAAGUCGGUCUGCGCCUUGUGAGAUUAUACUUUGAACAUUCGAAUCCUCAGAUCCCUAUCUUGCACAGGGGAGAGUUCAUGCAGACAUUUGAACGUAUAUAUGCCACGCAAGAUCCGGUCCAAGGCUCGCGGGAACUGUAUUUGUUGAAUAUGGUUUUUGCCAUUGGUUGCGGUGUUAUUGUUGGCGAGCCGGUAAAAACAGAAUCAUCCGGUGACCAAACUGUCGAAAACAGAAGUCGGUGCGAGCCCGAGGAGUAUCACGCGAGCGCUAUUGUCCACCUGGAAUCGUGUUUGAGCAACAGCGGAGGAGGGUUAGAAGUGCUGCAGGCCGUGCUUCUUCUCGCCAAUUUCGCUCUUCUUCGCCCUGUCCCUCCCGGCCUCUGGUACAUUAUUGGUGUUGCUGUGCGACUCGCAGUCGAUCUUGGUUUGCAUUAUGAGGAUGACAGAGAAAUUGAUGCCAUGCCUAGUGAAGCUGAGCAAACCGAGAAUGGAGCUCAGAGCCGUGGAAAGAAAUUAUGGCACCGAGAUAUGAGGCGACGUCUCUGGUGGUGCACGUACUCCCUUGAUCGCCUAGUCAGCACAUGCGUCGGAAGACCAUUCGGCGUCAGUGAUCAGGUCAUUACAACCGAGUUCCCAUCAUUGUUGGACGACGACUAUAUUACUCCAACUGGGUUCCUGGAUCCACCAUCAGAUCAGAUUCAACCCAGUUACAAGCAUGUAGCACAUCAUUACUUCCGUCUGCGGCUGCUGCAGUCAGAGAUUCUCCAGGUACUGCAGUAUAACCAGGCUCAAAUUGUCAAGGCCGGCGUCCAAGGAAAGUAUCCCGAUAUGCACAUUCAUCUACCGUCGCCCUUCCUGGUGCAAUUCGAUUCGUUCCGUUCAUGGCGUAUAGAUAUCGACCGGAGGUUGUAUCAAUGGAAGACGUCGGCGCCCUCGAGGCAAGAGACGGGCGUCAUGUUCUCGACCGAGUUUCUCGAGCUCAACUACUGGCAGGCCAUCAUCAUGCUCUACCGCCAGAGCCUCAGCGUUCCAGCCAUGUUUGAGGGCGAGUACAACUCAUCCAACGAAGUCAACAGCCCAACAGCUUUCCAAGCAGAGCUUCGCGAGGACGAGGACCGAAUCUAUCUCAAGGUUGCUGAGGCAGGUCAAAAGAUUCUUCGUUUGUAUAGGCAGCUUCACCUUAGCGGGCUUGUGAGCUACACCUAUCUUUCCACGCAUCAUUUGUUUAUGGCGGGAAUCUCGUACCUUUAUGCCAUUUGGCAUUCGCCUAUCGUACGAAGUCGCCUGAGCAUGGAUGAAGUGGACUUUACUAUUCUUGCCGCCAAAUCGGUUCUCACAGAUAUGAUCGACAAGUGUCCGCCCGCCGAGACAUGCCGAGAUGCGUUCGAUCGAACAGCCAAGGCCACUAUUAAGAUGACCUCUUCAACAGGCGGUUUUGGCGCCCCUACCUCCAGGAGACAGCGUUCAGCAUGGAACACACCACCCGACUCGUCCAAGAACUCGGGCCCAGUGCGUCAUCGCCCUCAGGGCUCAGACCAGGCGUCAUAUCAUGUGGAUUUAUCUCUAUCCGACUCCCUUUCCUCCCCUACCAUGUCUGUCACUGGCGACGGAAACGCGCAACCAUCACCCCCCAUGGCACGAUCAGCUGAGGGAUACUUGCUCAAGUCGCGCAGUCGAGGCGGACCAAGUCCUACAGACACAAGCCACAAACAAGACGGAUCUCCUAUAGAGUCAGGAGUGGUCCCAUCUCCUAUUCCUCGACGGGUUACGUCUCAGCCGUCCAAUGGUGGAGGGUCUUACGGCGGGCAGCAGCAACAAUUCAACGGACAGGAGUUCCCAGAUGCGCAGACGAUGGAGUUUCUCCAGAACCUGGGGGCGUCUUCAAAUGGAGACUUUGCCGCCAUGGACCAAUCGCAGCUUGAUAUGGGACUCAGUAUGAACUGGGAAGGCCUCCAUCACGACUUCGGCGAGGCGCCGCAGAUGAACCCAUUUGACACAUUUUUCUUUGGCGGUCCUCAAGGGGGAGGUAACCAAGACGGUGGCGGUAUGAACAUGUAG